CGGAGUAGUGGUUAUUAACUCUCGAAGAAGAAGAUGUAAAGGGAACAAAAGUUGCAUACUUUGAUUCAUCAUCUUUCCGAAAAUGUCGUCAAACUUUAUAGUGGAAUCGUGUAGCGUUGAUUCGGAGGAAGGGGUGAAGCUUCACACGAGAGUCUUCAAGCCCAGAAACGAAGGAGAAGAAGUCAGCGACGAUGGGAAUCUGGUGAUAGUAUUGGUCCACCCGUUCUCGCUCUUGGGUGGUUGUCAAGCUCUGCUCAAAGGCAUAGCUUCUGAAUUGGCCUCUAAGGGUUUCAAAGCUGUCACUUUCGAUACAAGAGGUGCCGGAAAAUCCACCGGAAGAGCUACUCUUACCGGCUUUGCUGAGGUCAAGGAUGUCGUCGCUGUUUGUCGGUGGCUUUGUCAGAAUGUUGGAGCUCAUAGGAUCCUGCUCGUCGGUUCUUCUGCUGGUGCACCAAUCGCAGGAUCAGCGGUGGAUCAAGUAGAGCAAGUGGUGGGAUAUGUGAGUUUGGGAUACCCAUUUGGCCUAAUGGCCUCCAUUCUGUUUGGACGGCACCACAAGGCCAUUCUCUCAUCCCCUAAACCCAAACUCUUCGUUAUGGGAACACAAGACGGGUUCACUAGUGUUAGCCAGCUAAAGAAGAAGCUGAAGUCUGCAGUGGGACGCACCGAAACACACCUCAUUGAAGGCGUUAGCCAUUUCCAGAUGGAAGGACCUGAAUAUGAUUCUCAGGUGACCGAUAUCAUAUGUAAUUUCAUUUCAUCCUUGUAAAAUUGCACAUGAAUUCAGAAAUUACUUGGAUAAAUCUUUAUAAACACAACCAUAUUAGGGGGGAACUAUUAGCGGAGGAGUUUGAAGUCCUUGUACACUAUGCACUAAAAGAAUUGUUUUCAA